CUUUCACUUAGAUCCCUUAAAAACCAAAACCUGAUACUAAUUUCUUAAUAUUAUCCUACAAUUUAUUUAAUUUAGCUUUCAACACACCAUCCAACUACCCUCACAAGUCACGAAGCUUUUAAAAGGACUUUUAUAUUCUGGGGAAAUUAUUUGAGUCUUUGACCACAGCUUCCAUGGAGUAACCAUUUGCCUCCAUAAUUUUCCCGCUCUUCUGUGUGACGUAGGUUUCUUUUAGCAUAUGGUAGUAUUCCCGGAAUCUAGUUUCCUUUUUCGCUUGUCUAUUUCCUUAUAAAGAUUGACUUUGUUGCUGGUAGAUCAAUUUUUGAUGGUAACAUCUUUAUGUUGAGGUUAUGUUAAGAUCAAUGAUUUCAUGGAUAGCCUAUAGAAAGUUUUGAUAGAGGUUAUACUCAACUCUUUGUGCUGUUCUUUGAUUAUAUAAAAUGGAAGAUGAGAAUGGACUUGAGCUGAGCUUGGGUCUUUCUUGUGGUGCAUCAUCUGCAAAAUCAAAAGGCACCCAGAAACAGGACUCUGGUCCAGGGUCUCAGAGAAGUGAUUUGGGGAAACCUGCAGAAAAAUUCUUCAAUGAUCUUUCCAAAGCCAAUGUUGAUGCUGAUGCUUCUGCAAACUUGAAUGGUAAAGGUGUCUGGGGCACCCACAGUAACAGGUCUUCUGAUAUUGAUGAUGAAAAAUGGUCAGAAUCAGGUAGCAAACGCAAAAUAUCAUUUGAUGAGAUCAACAAUCAAAAGAAGCAUGAAAGGGAAGCUCACCAUGCUGAUUUACGUGAGAAGUCAAAAACAUCACACAUCUCCAUAACAACGGAUGAUGGUUCCACCGCUGAAAAUGAAGAUGUGGCAGAUUCUGAAGUGGUGGGUUCAACUUCAAAGCGGGUUUCACACCAUGAUGAUGGGUCUAAGCAAUUUAUUGCAAUUAGUGGUUCCUCUGAGAUUGCAAAGGAGGUUCAUGUGUAUUCUGAUUCAAAUGUUGCAGAUGCACAUGGACAAAAAAGGUUUAACAUGUCGUCGGAGAAUAAUUUUAGGCUUGGAAGUGUGACCUAUGGCAAUCCAUUCCCUGUUCAAUCAGUAAACGUACUGAAUCAAGCUUACCAAAUAUCUGUCAAAGAUGCUAACUCUGCUGGAACACCCAGCUCAUCAGGUCAUCCACUUGCUGGCAUGAUGCAGAUAAUGCCUACUACAACCAUGGAACAGUUGGGAGCUCAGUCUUCCAACCCCGGGAAUUUGCCAGUUAUGUUUGGCUAUUCAUCUAUUCAACUUCCCACUUUGGAUAAGGAUCAUCCCUGGGGAAUGGUCUCUCCUCCUACACAGUUCCAUCCUUCCUAUCCUGGUAGAGGGUCACUUAACUCUGAGAAGCACAAUGAUGGAUUGAAAAUAUCUCAAGGUCCCAUGCAAGCCAUCGCACGUAGUUCAUCCGAGGCUACACAAUAUGAGGGGAGGGCAUUGGAGCGACCCAGGGGUGAAGGUAAACAGCAUACCACGGAGGAAGGCUCUUCAUCUCGAGCUGAAGCAGAUGUGAGAGGAAGCAGCAUGAAUUUCAGGCCAAAUAAUUCAGCAGAUAGAACAUCAAUUGAAGGACUCUCUAUUGAUUUUUCAGCUAUUAAGCCUGGUAUUGCUGCAGACCUGAAAUUUGGGGGAUCUGGUAGCUACCCACCAAAUUUACCUUGGGUUUCAACCACUGGAUCUGGCCCACAUGGCAGAAUCAUUUCUGGUGUUACUUACAGAUACAGCACGAACCAGAUCAGGAUUGUUUGUGCUUGUCAUGGUUCCCACAUGUCUCCUGAAGAGUUUGUUCGGCAUGCCAGUGAAGAAUUUGUGAACCCAGAUAACAACAGUGGUUUGGCAACAUUUCCAAGUACUAAUCCUGCUGCCUCUGCUCAGAGCUGAAACUUAACAUCCUCCUGCUGUUAGACUAAUAAAUUUUGACACUUGGCAGGUGAUUGAGGAGAAACUUUGACCAUGCCUUUGCAUCCGCUAUUGACUAGUGAGCCUCCUUGCUUUUCAUGCCUUGUUUUCCUAGCUAUCUCUUUUCCUUUUGUUAGCUGUAUUACCUGCUGCGGUUAGAUGCUGCAGGUGUAUGUAUGUAAUAAUUCUAGCAUCAUUUCUUUGUCAAUGGAAAUGUGAAGCUGAAGCAUUUUUAGUUCUGUGGUGCAAAUCCUCAAGCAAAUCAUUUCUCUGCAACAAGAUAUUUAAUCUAUCUGGUAUUGUAUGAGUUUCUGAUAAAGUUUGGCGAACACUGUGCAACAUUAGAUGCAUGUUAAGAAUAACAUGGUCUAUUUUUUGUUUAUCAAAGUUGGUGCUUAGCUAUCUCAAAAUAACAUGGGAUUGUAGCCUUUGAAAUGGCAAUAGAUAUUUUUACGAUGAUCUUGAUAUUAGUAGAACCCUGAGCAUUUCUUCAUC